UGAAUCAUAGGCACAGUCGUUUUCUGACUUUUACCCUCCGUUAAAGUCAAAUACUUCUCUUGUUCUUUAUUUCUCCAAGAAAUCUUUUCUUGCAAUCGAAACCAAAAUGCGUUUGAUCAUAUCAGCAAUUUUGACUUUGAGCGUCAUAGCUACCGUGACAUUUGGAGAGGCUCAACAUUAUCAGUACCCGAACAGUCCGUUCGUUUUCCCCGGUUACCCUAUGCUGCGCAAUCAGCAGAGUCUGCAGCAGAAUCAGCCGGACAGCCGUUUCUUCUUUAGUGGACUCUUCACUACGUUCACUUAUACGAUUUCGACAGUAACCUCAACCGCUGUAGCCACAACUGUAACUACUUGUACCACGUCAGCAGCUACGCUGACCACCUGCACGGCUGGCAGGAAACGUCGAGAUGCGCACGGAAUCUUCCGCAAUCCCCGCGGUCUCUUUUACGACGAGAAAAAGGAAGAAGAAGAAGAACGAAAUAUUUUCUUGCCAACCCAAGACCAGGCCAGCUCCGAGUCUGACGCGGCCCGUAGUUCGAGACAAAUGGAAGUGCAACCUGCUCUUCCCUUUCCUAUUCAGCCCACAUUCGGUGCUUAUUACACACCAGAAAUGGGUUACAAUAAUAUUUCGCCCGCUGUUCCACUCAGUCGAAUUUUUCUGGCCUUCGGCACGGCAACCGUGACGGUUACUUCGACUUCGACUUCUACCUCCAAGCUGACGGCUGUUUGCAAAAGCACUACCGGUUUCUCUGUCUGCACCUCAUAACAAGGCCUUCGAAAAUACCAAGUCCUACCUCACCGCACGUCUAUGAUGGGGCCUUUCAACCAAAAUUCUAUACGCAACGAUCAAAUAUUUUUUACUUAUUUAUUAUUCAAGUUCAUCAAUUUGGACUGUACUAUCAAUACACCUUUUAGCAUUCA